CCCGUCCGCUCUACCCACAGUUCCCCGCGCUCGUGCAAGAUGGAGGAACGCAGCAGCUGCGGGAGAACAAUGUUUGGACUCUGAAGAUUAAAACAAACGUCGGAGGGGGCAAAAUAUACAGAGAAAGCGCCAACGGUGGACAUGCACUGGAUGAGCGAGGUGCCUUCGCAUUGAAGUGGUCCCCAUCGCCCCUGAUCCAGCAUUAGCGUCGGUGUGAUAAAUCUCUAAGCAUUGCCCCUUCACCAUGAGCCUGAUCCAGGACAAACUUGGCAAUGAGUUCCUGCGCUCCAACGGUGGCAUGGAGCCAGGCUUUGGUCCGAGCAUGCUCAUGUUCAGCCACCUUCCCCCUGUCACUAGCUUCACCCGUCUGGCCAGUCAAACGGUUAUGGCUGACCUGCAGCCUCACGAGAUGAUCCUCAAGAAGGAGAGGGACUCGCCGGAUUGUGGAGGAGGGCUCAGUGGAGGCAUGUGUGGCGGAGGUGGCAUAGCGGGCAUGCUAGGAGGUGUGGGAGAUUAUGUUCAUGCCAUGGGCAUCAAACAAGAAAAAGUUUCUGAACAUGAUUACAGACUGCCCCUCUAUUCGGGGGGUGGAGUCGGGACUGGACUACGGAGUGGAGGAGAGCUGCUGGAGGUGUCGCUGGGCGACCAUCAGAACCUGGUGGUGCAUGACCUCAGUCUGGGAAAUCUGUCAGGGCGGUUGGUAAAAGAAUCCUCAGGGAGGAAAGGGCGAAGGUCAAAUUGUGAGGGACAGGAGGGCAAGACGCGGAGGAAACGAGGAGAGUCGAAGUCUCUGAUGCUGGAUCCAGAUGGAGGCAGCUUGUCUCCAAACUCCAAACCACACAUCUGUGAGCACUGCAGUGCAGCGUUCCGGAGUUCCUAUCAUUUACGCAGACAUGUGCUUAUACACACAGGUGAGAGGCCUUUCCGCUGCAAUCAAUGUAACAUGAGCUUCAUUCAGAAAUACCUCCUACAAAGACACGAAAAGAUCCACAGUGGAGAGAAGCCAUUCAGCUGUGAUCAGUGCAACAUGCGUUUCAUUCAGAAGUAUCACAUGGAAAGACACAAGAGAACUCAUAGUGGAGAAAAGCCAUACAAGUGUGAUACCUGCCAACAGUAUUUUUCUAGGACGGACCGGUUGCUAAAGCACAAACGGACGUGUGGAGAUGUCACGAAAAAGGGCGCGGAUGGAUCAGAGCACGAGUUGGGUGUCGCAGGUGAUGGGGAACAUGGCAGCUAUGGAAUCACUCAGGGAAAUGUGGCCACACCUGGACGCAAACGAGGCAAGUCAAAAAAUGCUGGCGAAGGGGGUGAACGCAAGCGCAAGAAGCCCACUGGGGCUAUGGGGGCGAUGCAUAGUCAGGAGGCAGAGGCUUAUGGCCUUCAUGACUUCAACUUGGUCGCAAACAAUGGGGUUUCAACAACAUCUUCUGCUCAGUCGGACCCCAGCAUGGAUGGGGAUCCUGGACGUGCUCCCAAGAUGGCCUUUAAGAAGGUUAACAGGAAGUCCAUGGAGAAGAAUGCUCUCUCCAUAGAUCAAUCCAAGCCAGGAGGCAUGGAGUUGCCUGGAGGAGGCUUGGAUACCCUUGGGCUCCUACCAGGUCCUGGGGCCAAAGUUGGUUCCAACAGCAGCAAUUACGAUGAUGCCAUUCAGUUUCUGAAGAAACGACGAUACCUCCAUGUAACAAAUAAUGGGGCUGCAGGUGCUUCCGACUACGACGUAGGCGUCAGUCAUCUGCAGUCGCAACCUACAGUUAUUCAGGGUGUUGUUUCUGGGGUUCUUGACACAGAUGCCUCACUUGGCCUGUUGGACUCCUCCCCUCUAGGAGAUAUCAAGCAGGAUAAAUCUGGAAUCCCAGAUGAGGUUCUGCAGAGCUUGUUGGACCACUAUGCUCAUAAGCCUGAUGUGACCUUCGACAUCUCGGAUACCCAUCACGUGGAGCUCCAGACAGCUGCCACGGACUCACUUGGACAUGAUGACUCCCCCUCAAGUCCCAACAGUGGAGACAAAGCCGUGAUCAUGCACGAGUACUCGCGUUUUCUCUUACAGGCACUAGAGCGGACCAGUCACAGUUCAGGCUUCCCGUUGGGCCCAUGUCCUGGUUCUGCCGCUACUACCACAGUACAGUUUUCAGGGCCAAGCCCACUUCUCUCAGACAAGCAUGUGUAUACAUCCUCACCUUUGGAGUACUCAUUCUCACAUCCUGUUUCUUCCUCCCCUUCCCUCUCCUCUGUGCCGAAGUCCCAUUUUGGUCUACUAGAGGGCUCGUCACCUCCGCAGGGCUUCCACAUGAGCAGCCUGGAGCAGUCUGCGCACGCACAACAGCAACUCACACCUUCCCAGGAGCUUACCGAACAGUUGGACAAACAGCACACGUCCCCUCCGCCGCCUCCGCACACCCCCAAUACAAAUACUUACCAAAUCGCGCCUCAGCCUCCAGACCUGGGUAGUCAGAAGGAACCUCAAGGGCAGAAAAAUGGAGCGACGGCCACCACUGGAGGAUUCUCCCUGGGCACAUCUCAGGAUCUGACAACCCUGGACUCAGCCAAGGCCCAUUUUCAGAUCGAAAACUUUGCUCAGGCUUUUGGAGCGCAGUUUAAAGGGGGGCGCGUGCCCCUUGCCUUUACAAAUGACUCGAGGGGUGAGGUGAAUCACAGCAUACAGACACAGGUUUCUGAAUUCUCAGGGUAUAGCAGUCUCUUGGCUGAUGCCAGCGAUGCCGUCAAUACCGGCUCCAAAACCCCAACAAGCCAAAGCUACAGGUGAAUGGGCUCACGUGCCUAGAUGCUCAGAUGGAGGUUCCCUAUUUUAUUUUCUCGUCAUGUGGUCUUUAUUUUGUAUUAUUGUUAUUAUUGUUAUUAUUAUUGUUAUUAAGUUCUGCUAUUUUAAUGAAAUGUUUUUUAGUUAUGUUUUCUCACUGCCGAUAUGUUCAUAAAAUCCCCACUCCUUUGGCCUGCAAUCCCUUUUCCAAUGUUUUUUCCUUUGAAAAUAAAAUGCAUCAGUUUUAUUUUUUGCAAGUAGACAUUUAGGUCUAUUUUGGUAAUCAGUAGGGAGGAAAUUCUUUUAAAGCCCAAGUACAGUAUCAAAGGUCUUGUUCUGUUUACUUUUUCUGAUAGAAGUUCACACUUAACAAACGUGUAAGGAUAACUUUAAAAUAGCAAUGGCAGGGAGUAUCCCAGAACUGAAAUUGUCUGUUACAUUGAUUAAAGUAUUACUCAGGAACAUGUGUAAAAAGCAAAUCUAUCGGAAGGGUAGCAACCAUUUAAUGAAGAGGCAGACAUUUUGCUAAAAGAAAAAAGUUUUGAUUUUCAGGAGAUUUAUUUUUUAAUUCUUCUGAAUAAGUGCAACAAAUAGAAAAAAAAUGCUGCCUGCUAAAUUACACUGACACCACUUUUCACUUAGCUAUAUAGAGAUUAUGGUACUUUUAUGUCAAUGUGGAUUGCUCACAUUCUAUUUCCGUAAGGGCCAUAUAUAUAAAUAUAUAUUUAUAAGAAUAUCUGUAUGUACAAUUACAUGUAAUCUUUCUUAAGACUGGCAGGUGACUUGGAGGGGAUGUGGAGGGAUCGAGAUGUCCGAUUUAUUCUUUGGGUUGUAAGGCCAAGGGCUACACACUAGAGGGUGCUGCAUGCAAGUGUGAUUAAGUCCGUUUAUGGGAUUCUUAUGUGACUGUCUAGAUUUCUCAUCCCUCUCUCCCUCCAUCCACUUCUUCUUUCCCUUCAAAAUGAAUCCCAUCUAGCACUUUUUUGGAACUGUUUAUUUUUUAAAAUACUACCCAGGCUGAUUGCACAGAAAAUAAACUGUGUUACUGAUAUGCUGUUUUAAAAGGGGCAACAUUUGGUCAAUUGGGAGUGGGCCGAAAAGGGGCGGGGUUCAUUUUUUUAACUGUAGAUUAUGUUAAAAAAGCCAUUGAUAAUGUCUUUACUAUGGAAUGUGCUGGAAUUGUGGGUGGGAUUUCGGUUCGGGUGGGACUGUGGUAUCUUUUAUAUUUUAAUUCCCGUUUUUUCACGGAUGUGUGUUAGGCAGGUUGUAGAGGGGAUGCGACUGGGAUGGACCUGAGUGCUUUUUUAAUAUUUUUUCCAUUUUGUGAGUAUCGGAUAGGGAAAAUGUCCUAUGUGUUAAAAUGUUUUUUAUACACUUCACCAGAGAUGACUUGUCCAGCUCUUAAUUUAUAUAGUACAGGUCCUAAAUUGAAUGACUGUACACAAUAAAUUCAGCCAAUUUAUUUUAGUGUGGAUGCAGGGCAAAGUGUUACCUAAACUACAUUUUUAUAAGACGUUUUAUUUUGUACUGUACAAGUAUUAUUGUAAUAUCCUUUUCAAUAAUGAUCAACAACCGCAAUGUCUUCCAUCAGCGCUGUUGGCCACUGUAACACCGAUUGUAAAAUUACUGUCAUGUUGUUCUGUUGCAUUCGUAGUCCUCUGUACCCCUCCCGAAUAACAUGAUUCUUUGAAGGACAGAACAACAGACAAGAUUUUUCGACCACAAUGCAUCUCGGUGGGAACAAAAACUGACCACUAGGACUGAGCAUAACAUUAAGGAGGUUGGGGUACACAUUCACAAUACUGGUGGAGGUAUAACAGUCUUUGGUUGGUCUGAUGACUUAAUAAUAUGAAAUAAUUACAACGGACGUCUUUAUACCUCAUAUCAAUGACGAAAGGGAAGCAGGGAUAUCAAUGUGUGAAGUUAUGUAGAUUGACAGAUGUGCCCCCAGAUCUGUUGUGAAUAGAGUUGUUCGGUCUCAAUACACUCAAAGUUUAUUUGUCAUGUACAUGUGCGCUGGCUGUGAAUUGACUUUUGUCCUUAAAUAAUGCCCAUCCACAGGAUGUUCAAUUGUACUGUUCAAUACAUGAGAUUUUGUCAUUUUUGUUUUAGGGUGUGAUCUACUGGAAAAUGGUUACUGGUUAAGGUUUAAUGAAGUGCAGAUAUCUCGUAUGCACUGUUUGAAUGAUAUCCUGUUUGGCUUGAAUAUCCCAAGCCAUAAAUUUGUCAGUAAUUGCUACAAUAAGGUCCUCUCCCUCUCUAUACUACUUUUUGCGUUUGGCUGUAUAUUCCUGAAAGUAUUUAUUUUGUUUACAUACAGUUAAUGACACUAAAGGUUUCCCCUUGGUUUUUUGCAUGUACAUUUGUAUACUCUUAUACUUUGCCCCAUUUUUUUUGUCACCAUGCCAAAUUUGUAGCGAAUGGUUUUUUUGUUCUCUCCGUCUUAUUUUAUUGCAGAUUCUUGUGAUCUGAUUCACAGGGCUAUACUUGUCCAUUUCGACUUUAUUAUUGAUUAGGAAAAACAAUAAAACUUCUGAUAUCAGUAUGAUUUGAUCUGUGGGUUUUGCUUUGGUGAUGUCACAUAUGGAGAUAUUUUCAUGU